UCCUGUCCUUUCGGGAGAUCUGGAAUCGUAGUUUCUGCCGGCCUCUGGAGCAGCUGGUGGACGUCAUUUCGGAGUUCCCCAACGAGGUGGAGUACAUUUUCAGACCCUCCUGCGUCUCGCUCCAGCGCUGUGGAGGCUGCUGUGGGGGUGAGGGGCUCCGUUGCAUUCCGGUCGAGACGAGGACCGUCACCAUGCAGCUCCUGAAGAUAAAGCCGAACGGGGAGGCACCCUACGUGGAGAUGGCAUUCACCGAGCACAAGCAUUGCGAGUGCAGGUAG